CAUUCAAGAGAGGGGAGUUUUGCUAGCUCACAAACAUUUAAUGACAAUGUCAGAAGAUGGAGUCAGAUCUUCAAAGGUAAUAAAAGAGAGCUCGCAGGUCAACUCAUCGUCGAGAAUUUAUUACUACGGCGGAGCUUCGGUGCCGUUUUUGUGGGAGACACGACCAGGCACACCAAAACACUCUCUAUUCUCUGAAUCAUUUCGUCUUCCGCCACUAACUCCACCUCCGUCGUAUUACUCCUCCUCCUCCUCCACUUCCUCCGGGGACAAACUUAGCAAAGUCAGAACUAAACAAACUCGUUUCCUGAAGACUUUGUUCAAUGGUAAGCAUCACGUGUCUCGUCCUUCGUUUUCUUGGUCGUCUACGACAUCGUCAUCUUCAUCGUCUCCUCGUUCUAAGACAAGGCAUCGUGCUAAAACAUGUUAUCUUUCUUGCUCGAGAUCGUACGUUAAAGAUGAUGACGAGGAAGAGAUUGGUUCCUCAUCGCCAACGUCAACGUUGUGUUAUAAAAGAGGGUUUAGUUCAUCAAUGGGGAGUAUGAAGAGAGCUUUGUGUUCUGUUCUUAGACAUGGAUCUAGUCGCAAUGAUCUUAGGUUGAUAUAAUGUCGUCAUGUUAUCUUAUUUCGGUUCUUGUUAUGCAAAAUAGGAUCUUGAUUUCAUGAUCCAUUUUUAAAAGUGCUUUGGCUUUUGCCUCUUUAA